CCCGUGGCCUCAGUACCCCACACAUCGUCAGAGCAGAGCUAUCGCGCACUCAGUGUAGUGCCGUAGCCAUCUCGACGAUCCUGAUCUUGCUCCCAUUAUCUCUUUAUCACCGUCCCCUUGAUUACCGACCCCGGCUAGAUAUCGCUACAGGUUACGGCCAUCACCACCUUCUGAAGAAGCAGUUCAACAUCGCGUAUAACUAGACAAGGCAGCCUGCCCUCGGCCGACUUACAAGCCUAGCCCGACAUCCUAUCUUCCUCAUCCAUUCCACCCGGAUCUUCAUCCUGCUUCAUCCACCAUGGCUCUCGUCAUCCAAGCUUGGCUACUAGUUAUAGGAAUCAUUGCUGUCCAGGCUACAACAGGAUCAGAUCUAGAAUACAACUGCAUGCCUGAUAACGGAGAUAAAGUUUUCCCAAAGGAAGUUUGCUACAUUCAACACUGUGCUAAGGCCAUUGAAGGCCAAAUCAAGGAGGAACUAAAUGCAGCAUUCAAGUACAUGUACAUGGGCAUUAGGUUUGGUCAGUACACAGUAGACAGGCCGGGUAUCACCAAGUUCUUGAUGGAAGCUGCAACUGAAGAGCGAUCCCAUGCUAUCCUAAUGUUGGACUACCUCAACACUCGCGGCAUCAACCUUUCAACCAGCCUUUCCUACAGUUUUCAAUUUAAGAACUAUACUGUGUACCUCAAGAACAUGAUGUACAGGGAUGCAUUGAAGGAAGCUCUCAACAUGGAAAUUGAGGUGACCAAAUUGAUUUACGACGUGGUGAGUGCUUGUGGUAACGACUACCAUGGAGCUGAUGUGUUCACCAAUCCUAUCCUGGAUGAACAGCACAAAGGUGUUCGCAAGCUACAGGGAGCUCUGCGUGCCUUUGAUGACUUGUCCGAGAAUUAUACAGGGGAGAAUGCUGUUCUGGCAGAAUAUAUCUUUGAUCAGAAAAUGCUGAGUGGAGAGUUUUUAAGUUAAAACCAAUGCACUGCAAAUGAAUCCACAUCUAUGUGUGUGAAAACUGUUGUGUCCUUAAAAUACUAAGUCAAAAGGAUAUCUUAUUUCCAAAUCUUAUACAUUGUACCAUAAAUGAAAUCUUUUAAGAUCAAAAAUUUUCACCCACCCAUUUAUUUGUAUGUACAGUACUCUCAUAUAAAUUAGUUCAAAAUUUUAUAGGAAAUAAUGUAUAUUAGUGCCCUAUUUCCAGUAUUACACAUCAGUUUUUUUGGACAAACCUAAUUUUUACAAUAUGUUAGCAAUUUAUAACAUAAUAUAUUAUAUAUAUAUAUACAUAUAUAUAUAUAUAUAUAUAUAUAUAUAUAUAUAUAUAUAUAUAUAUAUAUAUAUAUAUAUAUAUAUAUAUAUAUAUACUGUAUAUAUAUUGUAGAUUUUUAUUUGAAAUUUGUUCUUUUGAGCACAAAUUUAAACACUCAAGAGAAGUAUAUUUUGUCACUUUUUUGUUGAAUUUGUUUGGUUUGGCUUUGUUAAUACCAUAUGAAUUUAACCAAUAUUUGCUUUUAGUUUAAUAACAGAUAAUGCCAUCAGUAUAAUUUUGUACGGCUUCUCAGUUAAUGUUUUCAACAGCACUACCUAAUGAGAUUAGAGAUACAAUAAAAUAAUCACCUGGAUUUACCUGAGGGCCACUAGCGCACUAGUGUCCUCAAUGAGAACAGGAAGUGGGUGGCAUGUCAAAGAUCCCCCUAUUUGUCCUGAUGUAUAAUUUAAUAUGAUAAUAUUAACAUGAUAACUUUAGGUAUACAAUUAAAAGUCACAGCCUGAACAAUUGUAAUAUUCUAAAUAAAAAAUAAUCAUGAAA